UGCUACAUUCCUAAACCAUGGUUGUGGGAUUUUGAAGAUAUUUGAUCCUAUGGCCACCCACAGAGCUGUUAGUGCUGUUUUCUUUGUGUUAUUAAGCAUAGGCAUAUGUUCAGCCACUAGGGCACUCCUCACUUUUGAAGGAGAAGCUGGCUAUGGCACUGGCCAUGGCAUUGGUGGUGGGGGUGGGGGUGGUUCUGGGUCUGGUGGUGGUGGUGGUUUUCCAGGAGGUUAUGGCGGUGGGGGAGGUUCUGGCGGUGGUGGUGGCUAUGGAGCAGUAGGGGGAUAUGGAAGUGGUGGUGGAGGUGGUGGUGGUGGUGGUAGUGGUGGUGGUAGUGGUGGUGGCUAUGGAGCUGGUGGAAUACAUGGUGGAGGAUAUGGAAGUGGAGGUGGUUCAGGAGGUGGCAUUGGAUAUGGUGCUGGUGGAGAACACGGUGGUGGUGGCGGUAGUGGAGGAGGAGCUGGUGGUGGGGUGGGAUAUGGCAGUGGUGGCGGAGGCAGUGGUGGUGCUGGAGGUGGUUAUCCCGCUGGACCUGAGCAUGGUGGUGGGUAUGGAAGUGGGGGUGGUCAAGGAGGGGGAGCUGGAUACGGUGGUGGAGGAGAACAUGGUGGCGGUUAUGGUGGAGGCAGCGGUGGCGGUGGUGGUGUUGGGUAUGGUGCUGGUGGAGAACACGGUGGUGGUGGCGGUAGUGGAGGAGGAGCUGGUGGUGGGGUGGGAUAUGGCAGUGGUGGUUCUGGAGGUGGUUAUCCCGCUGGACCUGAGCACGGUGGUGGGUCUGGCAGUGGGGGUGGUCAAGGAGGGGGAGCUGGAUACGGUGGUGGAGGAGAACAUGGUGGCGGUUAUGGUGGAGGCAGCGGUGGCGGUGGUGGUGUCGGGUAUGGUGCUGGUGGAGAGCAUGGUGGUGGAUAUGGCACUGGGGAAGGAGCUGGCGGUGGUGGCGGCAGUGCUGGCUAUGGCCCUGGAAUAGAGCAUGGUGGAGGAUAUGGAGGUGGGGGUGGUUCAGGAGGUGGCACGGGGUACGGUGCUGGCGGAGAACAUGGUGGUGGAUAUGGAAGUGGGGGUGGUUCAGGAGGUGGCACCGGAUAUGGUGCUGGUGGAGAACAUGGUGGCGGAUAUGGCGGUGGUGGCGGCAGUGGUGGUGGUACUGGGUACGGUGCUGGGGGAGACCACGGUGCAGGAUACGGCAGUGGCGGAGGAUCUGGAGGUGGCAUUGGAUAUGGCGCAGGUGGAGAGCAUGGAGGUGGCUACGGAGGUGGUAAUGGUGGGGGUGGGGGUGGGGGUGUUGGCUACGGUGCAGGAGGCGAGCAUGGAGGAGGAUAUGGAAGAGGUGGAGGUUCGGGAGGUGGAGCCGGUGCAGGUUCCGGUGGCGGUGGAGGUGGUGGUUAUGGUGGCGGAUACGGAGGUGGAGUCCAUGGUGGCUACAUUCCUUAAGAGCAUGCAGCUGCGUAUCAUCCAAGAAUUGGUGUCUAUUUCUUGAACUAUUUCAUCAGUCUUUAUGUAUUAAGAAUCUAUUUCAUCAGUCUUAUCAUGUAUUAAGAAUAAGGACAGGCUGAAUUUGAUAAUUUCCUCUUCAUCUUAAGUAAAGAGAGAGAGAAAAUAGAAAUUAGACCUGUUCUAACAUUAUUAUAAUUAAUUCUACUAUUCUUGAGAAUGGAUAAUUACCUGGUUGCAACAGUAUUAUUAUUA